UAAGCAUUGAAAGAGGAGAGUGGCAAGAGGUGGUGGUUGAUCAUUUUGGUUAGGUUCAGUAGCCGGCAUGACCAAAUCGAAGAGAGACAGACAAGUUACUCUGCCAAAGACGAAGAGGAAAGGAAGGGAGCAUAAGGAGUCUAUUGUGAAUGGAAUCCGGGAGGCUGUUGAAAAUCUCAAUUCCGUCUAUGUUUUCUCGUUUGAUAACACGAGGAAUUCCAAAUUCAAGGAAUUCAGGGAGCAGCUCCACCCCCGUGGGGGGUCGGCUUGUAUAUCCCUUUCCUCUCUGAGUCUGUUCUUGAUUCAAUGGUUGUCCUAAAAGGGUAAUUAGUUAUAAAAAGAGUUUGUUUUUGUGUGCGUGUACAGAUAAUACAACCGAAAACAAUAGAAUUUAAGCAUGGUUUUCAGUAAAGUUUCCCGAAAUCGUGACAGGAGUAGGAGCAGUCUGGCGAAGCCCUGAUAGAAUUUAAAAUGCUCGAGUUGGUUGUUUUGUACAAGCCUUGUUUGGCAAUGUGGUUCAGUUCAUGUUCCUGGCAGGUUCUUUCUUGGCUCAAACAAAGUCAUGCAGGUCGCUCGGCUUCUGAUGAGAUCUGACUGGGCAUUUUAAAAGCUUCCAAGCUGUUUCGUGGGGAUGCUGGACUUUUCAUGACAAACAUCCCAAGAGAGGAGGUCGAAAGGACCGGAGGCACUGCAGUAGAAAUGGUUGAACUCAAGGAGGGUCCUCUAGAGCAGUUCACGCAUGAGAUGGAGCCUUUCUUGCGCAAACAGGGGAUGCUUGUUCGACUAAACAGAGGUGCAGUGGAGCUGCUCUCAGACUUUGUUUAUGUGAAGAAGGGAAACCUCUCUCACCAGAGCCUGCUCGGAUUUUGUUUCGACUCUCUUCCUUCAAAAACCCUUUUUCUCGAAAGAAAGAUCGGUAAAGAGACAUUUUCCUUAAAAGGGUUUGUUAAUUAUGCAGCGUUUGUUGGGGAUAAAGGUGGCUACAUUCAAGCUGAACUUAGUCUGCAGAUGGAGCUCUGAUGGCUUCGAGCUCUACCGAGAAGGUUUGGAUCUCUCUUGAAUCAUCUUAAUACAGGGAUCAUCUCCAAACCCAGAUUUUCUAGCUUUAGUUUCCAACAUCUUUUCUUCAGUCGGUUCCCUUUUCUCUUUCGAUUUUUUGUUGAUGGAAUGUCCCCACUGUGUGUGUGUUGAAGCAGUCGUUCAUGUGUACUUUUGCGUCUAAUCCGGAUCUCUGUGUUUGAGAUAUGGAGCAACAUUUGUAAUGGUCUCACAUCAUUGUGCAUUUUUUUCCAAAAGUAUUAUUUCGAAUAA